AUGGCACUUGAUGCAGACAACAUUCUGCUGCACAUCAAGAGGACAUUGCAUUCUUCAGUCAGGCUUGCCUAUCAUUCUGCUUCUGAGUAUCCUGUGGCACUCGGCAUCGGCAUGCUGCUGCUGUUCCUACACAGACUCUGCCCUUCUCUGAUUACUUUCCUGCUGUCUUCGUCCCCGGUCUUCCUGCUAACUGCACUCCUUCUUGGAGCGCUGUUGAGCUACGGGGAACCAAGUGCUCCAGUGAUCGGACAGGACCAGAAAAAAUCGUCCGUUGAAUCCAGAGUAUCCAUCACUGAAUGUUCAGUGGCUGAGGAGGUUCAGAAUGUCGCCGUCACCCACAUGUCAAGGAGCUUUUUUGAGAGCCCAGUUGUCUGCGUUGAGGAAACAACUUCUGAUAGCAUGUUCCAUGAUACCCACAGUGAUGAGGACAGUAUUGUCACGUCUGUGUCUGCUGAUACCGUUCGCUGUGCAGAAGCUUCUGAGCUUACCAAGAGUGAAGUUGUUAUUGUGGGAAGAGAGGAGCGUGUCAAGGAAACCUGUGACAAGGUUGAGCUUCAGCAGUUUUUUCAGAGCAGCACUGCUGAAGGUGUUUCCGUUCAAGUGGACAAAACUUCCGAAGGUGUUCUGCUUGAUGCUCUGUGUGAUCAAGGAAAUGUGACAUCUAUGGCCACCGACACUGUUCUUUGUGCUGAAUCUUCUGGGUUUGGCAAGAAUGGUAUCAUUGCUGAAAGAGAGGAAGAGGAGCAUGUUAAGGAAAUCUGCGAGCAGGUUGUGCCGCCGCAACAGUCUGAGAGCACCGUUACAGAAAGGUGUCACUAUGAAGUGAACAAUCAGUAUCAGUUCGGUGAACUCAUGAGCUCAUGUUGGCAACCUGUUACGCGACAGGAUCCUUGUUCUGAUUCUGAGUCUGACCUUACUGAAAGCUCUUCUGAUGCAUCGAUCACCGACAUCAUACCGAUGCUUGAUGAACUGAACCCACCUGUAAACUUGGGGACCAGUCAUCCUUCCUCAACUUUCAGAGACAAUCUGAACGCCAGCUCAUCAGAUGAAGAUGAAGAUGAAGAUGAAGAUGAGUCGGAGGAGGAGGAUGGUAACCUUAGCUCAGAUGAAGAUGGAGAAGAAGAGAAGAGAGACGACGAAAGUAGCUGGAAGGGCUUUGUGGAUCCAAACUCUUUGGAUACUGAAAAGAAUGGGAACUUGGAGAGUCUGAUGGCGUUGCGACUAGCAAAGAAUGUUCUGAAGUUUGAACUUGACAGGAGGCUAAUGGACAUGCAGGCCGCUGAUGCAGUUCAGAAAAUGGAGGAGGCAUCACGCUUCCGUGUUCAGGUGCCCUCCAUUUCUACACCAAGGCCCGAUCCUUCAAAUGAUUCAGAGGAUACAGUGGAGUUACCACAGGUUCCUGAUUCAGCACCGUCUGUGCUGCUUCCCUGGAGGAAACCGUUUGAUAUUCCAUUUGACCAAAUUGUGGACCACGACAGCCGUUUGCAGGAAACUUGGACUCCUCGCUCAGGCUUUUCAUCAUCACAGGGAAGGAAACUUGACAGCUUGUAUGUAAGGCAGUCUACUUAUAUGCAACAUCACAACGGAAUAAAGCUAGAGAAGUCUGAAUUCAGUAGAAAAGAUGCUGUUGACAAUCACUCAGAAAGCGAUUCUGAGGAACCACUUGACAACAAUGGCAAGUUAUUUGGCUCACUGGAACCACGUAUUGGUGAUGAGAUCAAAAUACUAAGCGCGGCAAUUUCAGAUGUGUGUGUGCUCGAAGCAAAUCAUGGAAUUAAGGAGGGCAGCACUGAUUCCGUCAACGGCACAAAUUCCUUUUAUGUCCAAAAAUCACUGUCCAGCGCGUCAGAUGUGAACAAUUCAAUUUAUGCAGGUAAUGAGCAAUCGGUACUUUGUUCUCUAUGUGAAGAACACAACAAUAUUGAGGAACAUAUGGUUGAAGUUGAAGAAGACGACUCCAUGAGUGAAGUUAACUCGUUAUUCAAGUGCCGCAUGGAGGAAGUGCUAGUGCAGUCCAUUUCAGAGUCUGGCAUAGGCCAACCCUUGACGGUUAAACUUGAGCACGAGCUUAGUGAUACUUUAUUACACGCAGAACCUGCAAUACCUUUGAUUGAAGCAAGAUCAGUAGAAGAGCUGAAUUCACAGUUUGCUCAGCUGAAUGGAGAAGCAUUAUUAGCACCCGCUGCUUCUAUCUCCAGUUGUGAUGAUGAUCAGCCGAUCCAAGACGGGCCAAGUGAAGCAUUGCCUGUGGAAAAUGGGGAUACUGAAGAUUCUUCGGAUUGCUCGCUUGACAAGGGUCCAGUGGCUGUGAAGGUCGUCGAAGGUGAAGGUGAGCCAAAGGAGGUGCUGACUGAAGACGGUGGGCUUCCUGUUGUAGAAGCAAGCUCGGUUGAGGAGAUGAGCUCACUGUUCAGGCAACUGGAAGCAGCAGCAGCAGGGCCAGCACUGAUGCGUGCUGGUAGCUCAGAGUCAGAGCAGAUGUUUGUUGGUCAGCACACUGGAGAGACAGAGACUGAUUGUGGUGUGCUAGUUCCUGAGCCUGCUGCUUGGGAUGAUACCAAUCCUACUUAUGUGCAGUUAAGCAUCGACGGCGGUGACAAGAUGAAGAUUCCUGGAGAUGGCGAAGUAAUCCUGGAUAAUUCGCCGAGGUAA